AAGAAAAAGUCAAACACAGUAGAGCAGAAAACCUGGUUUACGGUUUGGAUAAGUUCAACAAUGUUGCAACAGGUGGUCCAGGUUCAGCCACAGGGCAAGGUUGAGGAGGAGGGCCAGUGGAGCACUGGCCUGUGUGAGUGCUACAAAGACAUGGGUGACUGUUGUUUCGCCCUGUGCUGCCUCCCAGUCUUUACCUGUAAAGUCACCAGUGCAGUGGGAGUGUGUCCCUGCCUGCCUCUGCUUGACUGUAUAGGCUGUGUACCACCAGCUUCUCUGGCCAUGAGGGCUUCUGUCAGAGAGCGAUAUGGCAUAAAGGGGAGUGUGUGGAGUGACUGCCUGUAUGGAUGCUGCUGCUAUCCGCUAUCUUGGCUCCAAAUCUCCAGGGAGCUGAAGAGAAGAGCAGCAUCCCACGCCUCUUCUUCCUCAGCCAGAUACACCCCUCUAACAUCCCUGCAGGGGGCGCACUUGGUCUAGACACAUCCAGAACUGACUUUGUCCUUGCAGUGCGUCCUCCAGAGUACAGGAGUUGAUUUAAUCACAUUUCCUCUGCUCUGCAGCCCCUCCCGGUUACCUCAGAGAAUUCAGCAGGGACACAAUGCAUCCUGUUGAGAGGAAAGUUCAGCUUGUCCCAAGAUGAAGAGAAAGAACUGUGAUAAAAUUCAUUCAAAUAUUAGAGCAAGGUUUUUGAGUUCCUUUGAGAUUAUACGCUUUCACUGGUGGAAACUACUACAGCUGCAGCUCUACAAACAAUUUAUUUUAGUAACUUUUGAAACAAUUACAAAUGUUAUUGAUCCCGGGCUCGGGGCCCA